AUGCCGAGAAAGUUGGACAAUGUCUCUCGCAUGGUGCGAGGUCGCAUCGGUAUGUCCAUGAACCGGCUCAAUUUGUUCAACCUCCAAAGAAAAGUUCCAUUGAAUUAUGUUGGGAAAACUCUAUAUCAACAAAAAUGGGCUGCUAAAGCAGAGACUAGAGCAUACCAUGGAGAGCAUUUGAAAGAAAAGAGGUUCAAAAAGGUUUUGUUUGAACCUGAGUUGAAGACAUAUUCUCAACUUGAUGCGUCGCUAAAGUCACAAGAAGUUGCGCCAACACCCAUCACCUUGCAAACUUAUGCCACGUUGGAGAAAAGACUUGAGUUUGCGUUGUUUAGAAGUAUGUUUGCUUCGUCUAUUAGGCAAUCAAGACAAUAUAUCAUGGGGGGAUAUGUGAAAGUGAAUGGAGUGGUGAUCAAGCACCCAUCUUUUCCCUUGAAAAGUGGUGACGUGUUUUCAGUCGAUCCUGGGAGAGUACUAUACGCCUUGGGCAAAGCAAAACCAAGUUUAAGUAAAGCUAUUGAUACAGACAACAAACAGAUAAGGUACUGGAAUCAUUACGUUAAAAUGGCUCGCAAGAACCCUCAGAAAGUUUGGGAAAUGCAACAAAAUAAGCCCGAGUCUUUGAAUUCUCUCGCCAACAUCGAAGCAAGGAAGAGGAAACAGGACAAGCAGCAUAGUGGAGAAACCAUCAUGAAAGCCCAACAAAAAAAGGUCACAAGAAAGUCGAUAUUGAGUGAUAUUGUAAAGUUAGGUAAUGCAGCAGGCGCAAAUCUCGCGGCAGGUGCUUUUGAAAAAUACGGAGAUAAACUUGCCAAGGGAAAAUGUUUGCAAGUUUAUGAAUCACUAGCACUGCAGAAAUCCCGUCUUUUGACUGAUAGUUCUUCAGAGUCUCUAGAUGCAUAUUUUUCAAAAGAUACCGAGAGAACGCCAGAAGAGAAGGCUUCAUUGAGACAUGUCAACAAUUUGUUGAGGGAACUAGAAAAAAGCGAAUGGGAAAGAAUACGUUUGGAGUUUGAAAAUUUGGGUACUGGAGCAGCAUUUUAUGAUCCGUCGUAUGCUGAAAAAUUAAUCCCCGUCAAGUCCUUAAAUAAGGAAGAAAUUUUGGAGGACGAAGCAAAGGCAAAAGUGAACUUGCCAUGGCAAAGACACUUGUUUGGACGUAAAGAUGCCUCAAAGCCAUAUUUUACUCCAUGGACGCCUAGACCAUUCCUUGGUGCUUUUGCAAUUUUACCUUCUCACAUUGAAAUUUCGUUUGACACUUGCCAUGCUGUGUAUUUGAGAGACCCGGUGGCUAGACCAGGUCAUUCCGAAGUCAUCUCUCCUUUCCCAGAACAUGUUCACGAAAGAGCUUACAUGUAUUACAUCAAGAAGGGAAUGUCAUAG